ACUUUUUUCCACAGAAUGGGACAAAACCAGGGCAAGGAGGGGGAGCCAGGGCAGGACAACAGCUCUGAAGGACCAGAGGAAAAGGGACCAAGCCCAGACCCUGGGGGAGCCAAAGAGGAAGGAAAUCUAACCAUUGAAACUCAUGGAGUCGGGACAGAUGAGGAGAACACAGCCGGUGGAGGGUUGGAUGGAGGCCCAGGCAGGGAGUCACCAUCACCUACACCAGUGCACGCUUUGGAUUCUCAUGAUAAGGUGUGCGCUCCCACGGAGGGAGGAGAUGGCGAGAAAGAGGGAGGAAGAAAGAGUAAUGAGGAAGGCAGGGCUGGACCGCUGGCUUCACAGUCUGACAGUGAACCAGACCACGAGAGAAAAGACUUGAAGAGUACCCUAGAAGAUCGUCAGGAGAACUUUAGGUGUGACCUUCCUGCUAAAGACAAAGCUGAAAACGGAUACAAAGGAGAAAACAAGAGUAAAAAGUGCGCUUCACAUGUAAGGAACAAAAUAGAGUCUGAUUGUCGAGAUGAUGACAAGCUGAAGAGCCAGGAGGAGGACAGAAAACUCGAUUUUGAAGCUACCUGUGAAAUUACAGGGCCUACCUUGGAGAUUCUGGAAGGGAAGGACGUUUCAAAACCACGUGGUGGGGACGCCAACACAAAUGUUCACUUCACAGUUCAAGACCAAGCGUUAGUCAUUACAGAAGACAUCAACUUGAAGACCAGCAUGACUGAAUCGCAGAACAAGAGGACGAUUAACAAGCCCACAACAUCAAACCUCGUGAUGAACUCACAAGCAGAAACAUCAAAGGACAUCACUGAGGCAAUUGAGCACAGCAAUGAAGAAAUACAGAGGGAGCUGCCAGAGAAGAACGCCGAAACCCAAGGGUGGUCCGUGAAGGGUGUCUGCGGAGCCAGAGAACCAGAAACCUCCAGCGCUGAUCGCUCGUCCCUGAUGAAUGCAGAAACCCAGGGGCAGUCGAUGAAGGAUAGAGCCAGAGAAAACGUUACGGGCCGUCAGCCAACAGAAGAUGUCAUAAAGACCAGAUUUACUAGUUCAGCUCUGGCAGGUGCGGAUUUACCAUGCAAAGCUGUGAGUCUGAGCCCAGAGGACCUCAGUGCCUUAGAAGUGGCAUCCAAGAAGAGCUAUCGACAAAUAUCUGCAGGCGAAUUCACACAGGACGAGUUUCAGAAAGAAAGGCAAUUUAAUGUGUCAGACUCGGAGAGCCCUUGGACCAAGGAAUAUUCACUUGGGAGAUCACCCGCUGGAGGUCACAAAAAUAAAGAUGGCAUGAGAGAGAGCGAAGAAAGAGAAUAUCUGGAAUCUGCUUCAAAGGGUCCCUAUCAUUCCUAUGCAAAGAAAACCAAGAUAAAAGAUCAUUCUCUGCGUGGAACAGAAACAGAAGAGGGUUGUUUUGUGACAUCUAAUAUUGCCAUUGUAGGAACGCGGGGUGAAAACAAACCAUGGCUACAAAGAUAUGAAGAUGAGAAAUGUAUUGCAUUCUCUGAAGACAUUACAGAUUCGAACCCCCCUUGUAAAUCUGGUGUUCAAGUUAUGCAAGAAAAAGAAAAGGAGGAUUUCCCUCUUUCAGCAAAGGCCAAAGUACACACAGAGAAAAGUCUGGAAUGGUUUCUGGCUGAAGAAGUGAUAAAACCCCUUCCAGAGACAGUGAAGGAUACCACACAUGAGAUGGAUCCAGAAUGUUCCUCUUCUGUAAGUGCACUGAUUGAUGUAGAAGAGCAACAGAGGAUUGUGGGAAACGCUAACUCGGCCGACAUGACGUCAUCAGAGAAAGACAAGGUCGGCAAGUCUACGAUCAGCUUGUGUAAGGAAACAUCUGCAACUGGUUCCAUCUCUGAGCUCAUUGCUGGUCCUGAGACAACUUCAGGUCGAAUAGAUGAUAGGCCAAGUGUGGACAAGAAAACAGAAGUCACUCUUUCUGCUUCUUCUCAGCUUCAAGAAACAUUUUUUUUGAAGGUUUUAACAAAUGCAGAUGUAUCCGGUCAGGUCCGGGAUAGUUGUGCUGCCGGAGCUGCAUUAACAGACAACACAUCUGCUGCAAAAGAUUUGCAACAUUCCGCCUCCGUGUGCAACCUUAUAAGUAUGCAAGCUAACGAGAAACAAGAGCAGAACAAGCUGUCGACAAAUUCAAAUUGUUAUAUGUUAGAGGAGAAAACUUCAAGCCAGCUUGACCGAAAGCAUGCAACAGAAAGCAGCCCAACCACCAUCAUGGAAGCACCACAGGGUGCACAGAAAAGACAUGUUUCUGAUAUGAUAAAGGAAACUAUUGAGUUGCAGAAGAAGAUGAAGGAGUGGUCCAAGCCCGCUGAGGCCCGGGUCGAUCUGACCUUAGAUCCAACACAGUCUGUGAAAGUGUCACAGAUGAAAGCAGCAUUUGAUUCACCGAAGAAAUCACCUGACAAAGCACUAGAGAGAAAACCUUCAGUAAGAAAAGAUAUGUUCAAACGGGUUGUGCGACAGAGUAAGUUCCGGCAUGUGUUCGGCCAGGCGGUGAAGAACGACCAGUGCUAUGAUGACAUCAGGGUGUCCCGGGUCACGUGGGAUAGCGCCUUCUGCGCAGUCAACCCCAAAUUUGUUGCCAUAAUUGUGGAAGCCAGCGGAGGAGGAGCGUUCAUGGUUUUGCCUCUUCAUAAGUCGGGCCGUAUAGAUAAGGCCUACCCUACAGUUUGUGGCCACACUGGCCCGGUUCUGGACAUUGACUGGUGCCCUCACAAUGACCAGGUCAUCGCUAGUGGAUCCGAAGACUGCACCGUGAUGGUGUGGCAGAUCCCAGAGAAUGGUUUGGUGACCUCCAUGUCCGAGCCAGUGGUGGUGUUGGAGGGUCAUUCUAAAAGAGUGGGUAUCGUUACCUGGCAUCCCACCGCCCGCAACGUCCUGCUCAGCGCAGGCUGUGAUAAUGUGGUUAUCAUCUGGAAUGUGGGGACGGGAGAGGCCAUGAUCACGCUGGAGGACAUGCACCCUGACAUCAUCUUCAGCGUCUGCUGGAACCGCAACGGCAGUCUCAUCUGCACCGCCUGCAAGGACAAGAAAGUCCGGGUCAUUGACCCUCGCAAGGAGGAGAUCAUUGCUGAGAAGGACAAGGCUCAUGAGGGUGCCAGGCCCAUGAGAGCUAUUUUCCUGUCUGACGGCAAAGUGUUCACCACUGGUUUUAGCCGCAUGAGUGAGCGACAGCUCGGCCUCUGGGAUCCGGACAAUAUGGAGGAGCCAGUUUCUGUCCACGAGAUGGACACCAGUAACGGAGUCCUCCUGCCCUUCUAUGAUCCCGAUACUAACGUGGUCUACCUGUGUGGAAAGGGGGACAGUAGUAUCCGUUACUUUGAGAUCACAGACGAAGCUCCUUUUGUCCAUUACCUCAACACCUUUACCACUAAGGAGCCUCAGAGGGGCAUGGGAUACAUGCCCAAGAGAGGCCUGGAUGUCAACAAGUGUGAGAUCGCAAGGUUUUACAAACUGCAUGAGAGAAAGUGUGAACCAAUCAUCAUGACCGUGCCAAGAAAAUCGGACUUGUUCCAGGAUGACCUUUACCCCGACACGGCGGGUCCAGAGGCCCCCCUGGAGGCCGAGGAUUGGUUUAAAGGGAAGAACGGAGAUCCUAUCCUGAUAUCGCUGAAACAUGCAUACGUCCCAGGCAAGAACCGUGAUAUCACAGUGGUCAAGAAGAACAUCUUAGACAACAAGAUGAGCAAGAAUACAGAGAAUACUGCUCCUGCCGUCAAGACUGCCACCUCCACUCCAUCUAUCAAAAAUGAAGCUAAGCUGGAAGAGGUUUUGAAAGAAAUGAAGUCUCUCAGAGAGCUGGUCAGCAGUCAGGAAAAAAGAAUUGCCAAACUUGAGGAGCAGCUGUCUAAAAUGGACAUCUAAUGGACCCUGAUCCCUUCCCCUUCUUCUAUUCAGGAUAUCCCAUUGGCCAGGUGGGCGGGACCCGUCACUGCCAAUCACCAUGACAGCGUUCCGUCUGAAGCCUGCCUUGAAAAGACUCCAACCAACAUUCCAAGAUGAUAAUUUUCUUUUUUUAGCAAUCCCCCAAAACCUGUUUAUACCUCGUAGCCAUUUGGAAAACUAGAAACGCCUUUAGUUUCUCUCAAAACUGGACCUGUUUAGCUUUUUACAGUCUCACUCCAAAUCUUUCUGCAGCGGCUGUGUUUUAUCUGGUGUUUUUGAAAGGUCUUAAGUUUUUUUGUUUUGUUUUUCUUAUUGAAAUUGUGACCAAGCAGAUUGCAUAAAGAACUUGAUGAGCUCAAAGUUUAAAGUAGCCAUCAGUAUUGCAGUUCCCCUCCUAUCCUUCUGAGUUGCCAAAUUUAAUGAGGAGUUAUGCACCUCCCUGACAGUAUUUGACUAGCUUUUAAUUUUGUGCUUUGUAAAAGGGACAAAGCUAUAUGCUAGUAAUGCAAGGAGGGGAAAUCAUUGGAACCAUUCAUCAAUGUUAUAGGUGUCUUUCUAGAGAAUAAAAAAAUGAAGAUUUUAAUCAAACAUGUAGAGUUGACAAAUUUACAAACCAGUCCUGGAAAACAAUAUAGGUGCACUAAAAUAUUCCACUUUUUUUUUUUUUUUAGUACCAAUGUAAAAGUAUUUAAAUAUUAAAUGGUGGCCAUGAAUACAGACACAUUUUCAUGAUCUCAAACAUUGCUCGUCGUCAUAAUGCUAAUGCAAGCAAAUUGAGUCAGUUUUUCCCCUUUCUAAUUUCCUCGUAUCUGAAAUGUUCUUAAUUCAUGUUCUGUUUCCUGAAUGAAGCCAGAACCAGUACAGCUCUCACUUUGUAAACUCUAGAAGUUCCCAGCUUCUAGUUUCACAUCCCAAAACAUGAUGAUAUCAGCUCAGAACAAGAUGACGCCCAUUGACAUUCAUUCGCUACAUUAGCAAAACUCUGCUUUACCAGCUCGACAGCUUUUACUCUGACUUCGUUCAGACAUCAUUCAGGUCUAAGGAACACCGUUAGGUUUGCUCUGCUUUCUCAUGAAUUCCUACGAAUCUCAUCUCGAGUUGUGCCGGCCACACCAUCUCAGAAACGAGCUAGUUUGAUGUACAUACUUCUGCUGUGCAUUGUAGACCGUGACUAGCAGCACAAUAGUGUGUCAUGAGUGGCUUCCUUAAGUUAUUUUGCGAUGCACUGUCUCUUUCGCUCUCCUAGUCGAGCAGAACCAGUGCUCUCCAGGGAUGGCUCAGGUCUAGAUGAUGAUUUCACGAAGUUUGAGCUGACGACAACUGGAUUUUUUUUUGUUGUUGUUUGGUUAUCUAUUGGCCAUGUUAGGAAGAGAGGGAACUGUGAUUCUGUUGUUCAGGUUGCUUUAGCUACAUCCUUCGUCAGAGCAUUCUCUUGUGGUUUUCAUUUUGACGCUUCUAUAUAUCUCAUUCCGGUUCGCAUCACUACCUAGUACCUCUUUCAUAGAUUCUGAAAAGCAUCUUCCCUCCUCCACAUGCUUUUUCGUCUGAAAUAGGCAGCGUCUUCUCACCUCAGAAACAUUACGUGACGUACAAGAACUGCAUUGGAAACGAGGCUUCAGAUCUGUGUCUGACAGCGGCAACUCAGUACCUCUGAUGUCAUUCUCUCGCUUUCCACUGUCUUUUCUUGGUGAAGUUUUAAAGUGAAGGGUUUGGAAAUGUAGGGGCCGUGUUUAUGGGUACAGAUGGAUCCAUUCUGAGUGUUUAAGUGUCCUCAGGAGGCAUCUGUGAUGCAGCCUCGAGCGUGUGCUUUCAAAGGAGUGAAGGAUUGAAGUGAAAAGGGAUUUUUGUAGGUUGAAAAGAUAAUGCAUGUGAUUUUUCUUUUGAGGCUUUGUAAAUAUAUAUUUUUUAGUUUUCCUUUUCAUUUUGUUUUCUUUGGCUGUUUGUCCAUCAUUUGGAGUUUGAUGGUUUUUAAAGAAUUCCCCAUUUUCCCCGCAUCAUUAUGCACACUGUGAGCCUUUUAAUGUUUCCAGUAAUAAAAUGAAAUAAGAAUUGAAAGGAAGGAGAUCUAGAAAUUAUAUUUUGUGCAUAACUGUUCCAUUUUUUUGUUCAUUCAUCUGCUUCAGUAUAAAGAGUCUUACUGAUUACCAGAAAAAUAAAAAAAAUAAACUGAA